CUAAUCCUCUCAAUCAGAUCCAAGCAAAUCAAACCCUAUCAUAACCUUGCUCCUCCAUCUAUCGCCAAUCUUUUUGUCGAGUUCUCUCGUAUUUCGCUUGUAAACGUUAUGGAAAUGGUGAAUGACGGAACCACAGAUACACAGGCUGAAGCUGGGAAUCAACAGAAGAAGAGAAGUCUUCCCGAGGGACAAGAAUUCUACGAAGCUGACACUGUACAUCCCAGGAUGCUUCACAAUUGGGCUCUCUACGACUGUGAUACAAGGUUGAUACCCCUUGAGCUUCUUCCCAUGAAGCCUCACGACAAUAUCGAUGUAACUAUUUUUGGAUCUGGUGCGGUGGUGUUCAAUGAUGAUGGAAACUGGGAUUGUCUCGUUGAUUCUGACACACCUAAUCCUGUCGGGACUCCCACAUUCCUCAGUCCAAUAAAGGAAUGGAUGAUUGAGUAUGGAGGGUAUCGACUUGGGAGACCGUCAAAGCAAUACGCCCCUUGGCAUGAAUCUGUUUUGAAAACAGCUAGGGUUGCGAUAAGCAUUCUUAGAUUGCUUGAGGAGCAAACUAGGCUUGCUAAGCUUUUCUUUCAACAUGCUAUAAAAAGAUUGUCUGAGGCUGAGAAGAACGAUGAGGCCUUCAUUUCUUCUGACCCCUCGGACGUUGAAAGAUAUUUGGUCGCCCAUGGUCAAGUUAUCUUACAAAUGUUUUCAGCAUAUCCUAAAAAGCAUAUCGUCAAGUGUUCAUUUGCCACUGAUCUUGCAAGAAAAUUGGAGGAAAGGCAGCACACAAGAUGGGUCAUCAAGAAGAACGAAGCUUCGCAAAAGAAUCGUUAUCAGAAGAAAGAUAACCUACUUCCAAGGGCAGGUAUGCCACCUGCGGCGAAAAAUAAAUCAGCUAUGCAAGCAACAACCACUCGCCUGAUCAACAGAAUCUGGGGAGAGUUUUACUUCAGUGACUCUCCAGAGGUUCCACUGCAGGAGACCAGUGCAGAAAAUGGGGAGGAAGCGUCUGAAGAGGAAGGAGAAAAUGUAGAAGGUGACGCAGAAGACACUGAAGAAGAACCUGAGGAAACUGUACCAGAACCUGUUGAGGUUCAGAAGCCUCAUACUCCUCCGAAGGAACUUCGAGGCAGUUCUAGCGAAAUGGGAAUAAGAUGGGAUGGUGAGGUUCUAGGAUAUACCUCUGCUGGUGAGCGUUUCUAUCGACAAGCCCUAGUUUUAGGGGAAACGGUGGCUGUAGGUGGUGCUUUCGUCUUGGAAGUCGAUGAGACUCAGGCCAUCUACUUUGUGGAGUACAUGUUCGAAAGCCGGGAUCAUUGCAAAUGUCUACAUGGAAGACUCCUACAAAGAGGAUCCGAGACUGUUCUAAAGAAUGCUGCUAACGAGAGGGAGCUGUUCCUGACCAAUGAAUGCAUUACUGUCCAGCUUAAGGACAUAAAAGGAACAGUCCCUUUUGAGAUCCGGUCAAGGCCAUGGGGGCAUCCGUAUAGGAAAGAGAACAACACUGCGGAUAAGCUUGACCGGGCAAAAGCCGAGAAAAGGAAAGCAAAAGGUCUGCCUACAGAAUACUUUUGCAAGAGCUUAUACUCGCCAGAGAGAGGAGGGUUCUUCACUCUUCCACUCAGUGAUAUGGGGCUUGGCUCUGGAUCCUGCAAUUCAUGUAGGAUAAGAGAAGAUGAAAAGGAAAGGUCUAAGAUUAAACUUAAUGAUUCUCGAACAGGCUUUUCCUCUAAUGGGAGUGAGUACAUAAGUGGGGAUUAUGUCUAUGUGAACCCUCAAAUUAUGAUUCAAGAUGGAUUGAAGGUUAAAGGGAAGUUCAAGGGCGGGAGGAACAUUGGGUUGGAUGCUUUUGUUGUUUGCCAGUUUCUGGGAAUCUAUAUCCCAACUCAAUCUAAUAGAAAUGGUUCCUUUGGGGUCUACGUGAGAAGGUUUUAUAGGCCUGAGGAUAUUUCUGCAGAGAAGGCCUAUACUUCAGACAUCCAAGAGGUGUAUUACAGCCAGGAGUUAUAUCUUCUCCCUCCGAAGGCAAUAGAGGGAAAAUGUGAAGUAAGGGAGAAAAAAGAUAUGCCCUUACCCCGUGAAUUUCCAAUAUCAGAGAACAUCUUCUUCUGUGAACAUUUAUAUGGCUCCUCUACUGGUUGUCUCAAUCAGUUUUGGUUCCCUUUCUCAGACACGCUUCUGAGAAAGCAAAAGGGGAAGGAGUUAGAGAGUGAAGCUGAUUCUGGGACUGUCAAGCGUCUGGCUACACUUGAUAUUUUUGCUGGUUGUGGUGGUCUGACUCAUGGACUGGACCGGGCAGGUGCAACUGAAACAAAGUGGGCGAUCGAGUUUGAAGAGACAGCUGGGGAGGCUUUUAAAAUAAACCAUCCCAAGACAACAGUCUUUGUUGACAACUGCAAUGUGAUUCUCAGGGCUGUAAUGGAGAGAUGUGGAGAUCAAGAUGAGUGUAUCUCUACUACAGAGGCAAAUGAACUCGCGGCUAAACUUGAUGAGGAACAGAAGCGUACUCUACCACUUCCCGGUCAAGUGGAUUUCAUCAGCGGAGGCCCUCCAUGCCAGGGAUUUUCGAAACUGAACAGGUUCAACCAAGGAAUUAAGAGUAAAGUAGGGCGUCAAAUGAUAUUAGCGUUCUUGUCCUUUGCUGAUUACUUCAGGCCAAGAUACUUCCUUCUUGAGAACGUGAGGAACUUUGUGUCAUACAAUGAAGGGCACACAUUCCGACUUACUCUGGCUUCUCUUCUCGAAAUGGGUUACCAGGUGAGAUUUGGGAUCUUGGAGGCAGGUGCAUAUGGACUUGCUCAAUCACGCAAAAGGGCUUUUGUUUGGGCAGCUGCACCAGAAGAAGUCCUUCCAGAGUGGCCUGAGCCUAUGCAUGUCUUUUGUUCCCCUGAGUUGAAAAUCUCACUUAACGAAGGUCUACGCUAUGCUGCUGUUCGUAGCACUCGAUCUGGUGCACCUUUCCGCUCACUCACUGUGAGAGACGCCAUUGGUGAUCUUCCACGAGUGAAAAACGGAGCAUCCAAGAUUAAAAAAAAGUAUCGACGUAAUCCGGUCUCGUGGUUCCAAAAGGAAGUAAGAGGAAACAAGGUGGUUCUCAGAGAUCAUAUCUGCAAAGAAAUGAAUGAACAAAACCUCACUCGAUGUAAGAAGAUCCCAAAGAGGCCAGGUGCUGAUUGGCGUGACCUCCCUGAUGAAAAGUUGAUGUUAAAAGACGGGACGUGGGUAGAUUUGAUUCCACAUUCUCUGAAAAACAAAGCAAAGACCCACAACGGGUGGAAAGGGCUCUAUGGGAGACUUGACUGGCAAGGCAACUUCCCAACUUCCAUCACCGAUCCUCAGCCAACCGGUAUAGUUGGAAUGUGUUUCCAUCCUGACCAAGACAGGAUUGUCACCGUCCGUGAAUGCGCCCGAUCUCAGGGGUUUCCGGAUAGUUACAAGUUUGCAGGGGGAAUAAAAGACAAGCAUAGGCAGAUUGGGAAUGCAGUGCCUCCACCAUUGGCCUUUGCUCUAGGUCGUAAGCUCAAAGAAGCCUUGCAUCUCAAGCAGCCUCUUCAACACCAAACCUAA